AUGAAAUCCCUGCAACACCUUGAUCUGUAUGGCAAUGCAUUUGGAGGUGGUUUUUCCAGUUGCUUUGGGAAAAUUAGUAAUUUGAAGUCGUUGCAAGUAUCUUUUUGUAGCUUGCAUGUACAACUAUCUCAGAUAAUGAAAUACUUGUCAUGCAUGACAGAUUCUCUAGAAUACCUAAACCUAGAAAGGAAUUAUAUUGGCAGUUCAUUGCCUGAUGUUUUAGCAAACUUUUCAUCUCUGAGAGAACUGAGGCUUGGGUUUAAUGAAUUGAAUGGAUCCAUUCCCAGAGCUGUUGGAAAACUUCCACGUCUUGCUCUUCUGGAUCUAUCUUCGAAUGAAAUCGUGGGAUCAAUCCCCGAUCUUUUGCCAUUGUCGUCUCUAAGAGAAUUGGAUCUUUCCCAUAAUCAGUUAAGUGGUUUAACUGAGAGUAUGGAUGCCUUUCCAAACUUGAGAAGUUAUACCUCGAUUCUAACAAUCAGUUCAGAUUGGAUUCCCCCUUUUCAACUGGAUAUCAUUCGUCUGACGCACUGUAAAUUAGGUCCUCACUUUCCAAACUGGUUGAGGGACCAGAAUAACAUUUUCGUGCUUGAUUUGUCAGCUGCAGGAAUUUUGGGGAACAUUCCUAGUAGCCAAAGGAUGAUUUACUUGGAGCCAAAGAAUGCAUUGCUUGGAGCCAAAGAUGCAUUGCUUGGAGCCAAAGAUGCAUUGCUUGGAGCCAAAAAUGUGGAGGAGAAUUGA